GCGGGCGCUCGCACCUGGAGCUGGUGGAGAGGGAAAAACCGGACGGGGAUGCGCUCGGCUGGGGCUACCGCCGCCAGCUUAGUCUCCGUUGCUGUCGCCUUAGCCGCCGCCACACCAGGCCGAGUCCCCUUCUCUUUCCCGGUGGUGGGGCCAUGGUUGCCGCUGCUCCUGCAGCUGCCGCGGCCAUGAGGAAGAGCUUCCUGGUGCCCGAGAUCAAGCCUUUGGAUCAGUAUGAUUUCCCUCGGGCGCGGAGCGCUGCCAGCUUGGCCUGGGCGCUCGCCAAAGCCUACGGCGGUGCAGAACACAUCCCCGCUGAACUGCGCGAGCCCUUUUAUACAGACCAAUAUGAGCAGGAGCAUAUGAAGCCUCCUCUCAUCCGCCUGCUGCUGUCCUCCGAUGUCUACUGCCGUGCCUGGUGCCAGGCCAUGCCUUCAGGCCCGGAUGGUGCCCUUCCUCCAAAGGAUAAUGCUGCCUUGCUGCAACUUUUGGGCCAUCGUGGCUUGGUCCCCACCUUUCAGGACAAGCCUGUUAAGGAAGCUGAUCUGCAUCACAAACCAAUCAAGCUGGGGGCACACCUGGCAUUAAUUGACUCUCUGAUGACAGCAUUUGCAUUGGAAGCCACCAGUUCAUUAAAUGUUGCAUUGGGCAUUGAGCCAGCAGCCAUCUCUUGGGACCAGAAACUCCUACGCUGGAUAGAUAUGAUAAUUCACAAGAUACAACAGACUGCGGAUCAGGAGUCCUCUCAGCGUUCAGCUCCUGGAACUGAUGGCCAGACCCCAGCUUCCUGCAGUGGCCCCAAGUGUCCCACCAGGUGGUACUGGAAACUGGUUCCUCAUGCCAUCGCUUUUUGUUUGAAGGAGUCGGGGAAUAAGCCUCCUGUGAUCCGCUAUCGCAAGGAUAAAGCACUGCCCAAACAGACGCCGUGUUUCCCUGCCAUCACAGGAAUAAAGGACCUGGCCAGUGGAGGGGCCAUUGCUGCCACAAUCCACUACUACUGCCCGCAGCUCAUACGCCUUGAGGAUGUGUGCCUGAAGGAGACAAUGUCGGUGGCAGACAGCUUGUAUAACCUGCAGCUUAUCCAGGGCUUUUCUUCAGAUUAUUUGGGUGGUUCCUGUUUCCUGUCAUUGGAGGACCUGCUCUACAUGCCCCCACUGCUAAGGGUCAACGUCGGAGUAUUCCUGGCUGAAUUGUUUCUGUGCUUUGAGGUAGUAAAGCCAGAUUUUGUGUGUCCAAAGGAACUGCCAAGAGUUCAAGAUUCCCCUGGCCUGAAUGAUGCUUCAGCACCAAAUAGUGGGAAGACAAGUAGCUCCCCUGUGUUCAGCUUGCGCCACCCACUGCUGCCUGGAGGACAGUCACAGUCACCGCUCUGUGGCUCCUUAGGUUCCCUGCAUCAUUCCACAUCCAUGUCCCAAGUAGAAGGCUUUGGCAAAUCAUGGAGCAAGAAGCAGCUCAGCCACCCCUUGUCACAGGCAGUCUCGUUCAGCAUCCCUUUUGGCCUGGACAGUGAUGUGGAUAUUGUGAUGGGGAACCCCGUGGGCAUCCUUCGUUCCGUCAGUUCUGACAGCCUGGCACCGACCCUCUAUUCCUCCUUGCCUCGCUCCUCCCAUCCAUGGCCUACUGAGGCUGCUGAGGCCCCAAAUGGAUUAGUAAUGCCGUCACUCCAUGGGGCUGGACACAAAAAUCAAGAGGGACCGACUCUAGAGAAUGGCUUAAAUGAUGGCUACACUGAUUUGCCCACCAUUGAGGAAGCCCUGCAGAUCAUCCACAGCAGUGAACGCCUGGUCCCUGAGGGAGCCCCUGAUGGCUUUUAUUUGCACUCACCAGAGCCUCCUAAAACUUCUAUGCUGGAAAAGACUCCCCUGCCCACAGUUUACCGCUGCCAUAACGGGCCCCCCAAUGGUGCUGAACCCGCGCAAGAAGGUAGUCUGGACUCUGAUGCUGAGGAGCCCCUACGGCUUGCAGGAGGCCCAGACGAUUCCACCUCGGGUGUGAGUUCCCUGAGUUCACAGCCAGAGAGCAGUGCCUCCUCCGCCUCUGGUGUGCGCAUGACCAGCUUUGCAGAACGCAAGAAGAAACUGGCAGCUACCGAUAGCAAGUCCAGCGGGAUCAGCUCUGAAGGCUCAGAGGCUGGUCAGGUGCCAUCAGAAGAAAGCCCUGCCCAAAGCCCUGCCCUUAGCUCAGAAAUGAGCCAGUUGAGUUCGCGGUUGGAGGAGAAGCGCCGGGCCAUUGAGGCUCAGAAGAAACGCAUAGAGGCUAUAUUUACCCGGCACCGUCAGCGCUUGGGCAAGAGUGCCUUUCUACAACUGCAGAAGGCUCCUGAUUCUCAGUCUGAGGACAGCCGACUUGCCCUGGAGGAGCGGCUUGCUCAGCUAGAGGCCGAGGAAGAAGCUGGAAGCCCGCGUACCCGUCUGGAUAGUAAACAGGUUACUUUCUCUCCUGAUAUCACCAAAGGCGAUGAGAACCUGGGCGAUUACAACCGGGCAGUGGCCAAACUGAACACGGCUUUGAGCUCACUGCAGUUGGACAUGCAGCGCCUGAGUGAGCAACAGCAACGCCUCAUGCAGGAUAAGAAGCCUAGCGCACAGGCCUGGAUUAUCCCAGCCCCGAGGACUGGCCGCGAGGGAGCUCCUCCCCGCUCUUCACUGGAACUGUCCUCCCCUUCUCCUUCCCCUUCCCGCAAAUCUCGCUCACCCCAGCCCACACCCAAGAAGUCCCCAGCCCCGGUGCCUCCCAAGAGUCCCAAGCACACCCGGCCAGUUGAGCUAAAGCUGCCACCCCUCACACGAGUCCUGACACCGCCUCACAACGUGGACACCCUUCCACACCUCCGCAAAUUCUCCCCAAGCCAGGUUUCUGUGCAGACCCGUUCCUCCAUCCAUUUUGCUGAGGAGGAGAAGCUGCCUGUGCCAGAGGUGGAAGCCCAGAAUAAUUUGCGGCCGGUGGCCUCUGUUCCUCCACAAGGAGGCAAUGCUCGUGUUUCAGGUGAUGGCACCAGUGAUGUCUCCUCACCCAGUGAUCGACAUAGUAGCCUGAUUGAAAUCCCUCUGUCUAGCUUAAAAGGAGAGGAUGAUGAAGACAUGGAUGGGGAUGACUCUCUGGAGGAAUCAAUUGCUGAGACUUUGGAUUCUGAGCCCCGUACAGGUCUGGGCUUCUUUUUUAAGGAUGAGGAUAAGGCCGAAGAGGAAAUGGCACAGAAGCGUGCCAGUUUUUUAGAGAGACAGCAGCGGCGCAGUGAGGAGGCACGGCGCAGAAAACAGUGGCAGGAGACAGAGAAGGAACAGAAGAAAGAGGAAGUCAAACCUCAAACCGAUGAGCAGGCCCGAGUAGAGGGAGAAGUUGGGCCAAGGCGUGGCGACUUCACGCGCCAAGAGUACCUGAGGCGUCAUCAACUCAAAUUGAUGGAAGAUCUAGAUAAAGUGCUGCGUCAGAAGCCCACAACUGUUCGUGCCCUGAAGAAGGGACGGCCUAAAACAGUCUUCUGUGAUGAUUCUGCCCUUGCCCGCAGCCCUGUCAAAGGACUCCUGGGCUCCAAACUCAACAAAGUAUACUCUCAGUCAACUCUGUCUCUUUCGACGGUGGCCAAUGAUCCUGGCAACUCCCUCUUCAUCAAGAGAGCUUCGCGAGCUGCAUCACCUUCUGGGCCAAUGUCUCCCAGUCGGUUGCUGCCAAAUCAGAACCGGGAACGUGACUGGGAAAACGCAUCGACUGCCUCCUCACCAGCUUCUAUUCCAGAAUAUACUGGCCCCAAGCUGUACAAGGAGCCCAGUGCCAAGUCCAAUAAAUACAUCAUCCAUAAUGCAUUGUCUCACUGCUGCCUCGCUGGCAAAGUCAACGAACCCCAGAAAAUCCGUAUCUUGGAAGAAAUUGAAAAGAGCAAAGCAAAUCACUUCCUCAUUCUCUUCCGUGAUUCAAGUUGCCAGUUCCGGGCGCUCUACACCCUGUCUGGGGAAACAGAUGAAUUGACACGUUUAGCAGGCUAUGGGCCCCGCACCAUUACCUUGUCCAUGAUUGAAGGCAUCUACAAGUAUAGCUCUGAUCGCAAGCGCUUCACUCAGAUUCCCAGUAAGACCAUGUCCAUGAGCGUGGACGCCUUCACUAUCCAGGGCCAUCUCUGGCAGACCAAGAAGCCAGGCACCCCCAAGAAGCCAAGCACACCAAAAGAGCUGUGACCUGAAGAAUGUGGUGUUAGUCCUACUCUCUGCCUAAACUUAGACCCACGACAUCUAACAGCUGGCCUUCUGCGUUGGAUGGCUUGAGUUGACGAGGCUGUUAGACGUGGGUCUGAGACCGAGUCCUGGGCCAGCACUGUCUCUGGCUGGAUCAGAGUUAUCUGGGAAAUUCUUCUGGUGCCUGCUUUGAAGAUGAGACUACUAGUGGCUGCUUUGGGUUGUGGGACAGUAUGGGGUUGGAAGACCAGGAUCUGGUCCCGUAAGCUAAAGUCUCGAGAGUUGCCAUAGUAAUACUACCCUAAAUAAGGGUUUGCUUCUUGCCUCUAACCACUACCUGAAUGUUAAUGCGCAGCCAGAAGGAAGAGUCUAUUUUUCAGACUCCUGUUUGCCUGGAAGAUUCUAUGUUGGUUUUUUUUUUUUUCAUUUCUUGGGUCUCCCUGUUUAUACUUAUACAUACUAUACAUAUAUAUAUAUAUAUAUAUAUAUAUAUAUAUAUAUAUAUGAGCUAUUUAAUGAUUUUUCAAUUAUUUGUAUAUAAAAAAGAACAAAUUUGGAACAGCGGGUAGGGUGAAUUUGUAUAUGAAGUUGGCAUGGUGGAGGUAGUACAGAGCAAGGUGUGUAUGUAUGUAUGUUCCUUCCUUUUUCCAUUGAACACCUCCCUUUUGUCUACUCCCUUAUUUACAAGGGCUAUUGGGUGUACAGCUGAGAAAGAGCUGUUAACAGGAUCUCUUUCUCAGCAGCUGCUGUCAUUUACACGUUGAGAAGCUGGUGGCUGCUACAGUCAUAGAGCAGGUCUCUGUGUACCCCGAGUUGAACUGCCAAAACAAACUCCAACCACUUUAGGGAGGAGUGUGGUCCAUCUUUCUUUUUCUCUCCUUCCUCCUUUCUUUCUCCAAACCCUGUUUACCUGCUUCCAAGGCUAUAGGCUGAGUAUGCAGCACUCCAAAGAGACAGAGGAGCCUGGGCACAGAAUGUUAAGUAGCCCUUGAUUAUGUGAGCCUCAUUUGCCAUCCCACCUUGAUGCCUCUGGAUAGAGGUUGCUUGCAAAGCAGAGUAGGGGAAGAUGUGAGGGAACCAGUCUAAUUCAGCUUGGAUGCUUCACUCUGAUUCUGUCUUGUUCAACCUUAUUCCGGUCUCUUGUGGCUGACUGAGUGUCAUGUAGGCGUCUGGGGGUAUAGCGUAGGGCUGAGUUGAUGUAAAAAGUGGGUUGGGAUUUUUGUCCUUCCCGCUUAAUAAAGUAACUUAAAUGAG